UACUGAUAUAAAAAGUUUUUAUUAAAAAACUAUUACAUUUAAAUAUAAAUUUGUAUUGAAUUUUUGGUUUUUUUUCGAUUGUCUCCUACUAUCAUAACUAUUACCCGAUUGGUAGAGACAUUACCCGUUGGACGGACAGACAGAUAGACAAACACACAUACAUAUAGACCCAGACAAUGGGUGAUGAAAAUAAUCCACAAUCGCCGACAGUAACCGUAACCAAUAGUGGCCAACAAUCAGCCCAACAAACCGUUAGUCCAAAAGGUGGUGGAGAAGGUGGAGGACAAGCAGUUCAACCACAACCACCACCACCACAGCAGCCUAUGGUAGUCGUAGUGCAACCGCAACCACAGCAACAACAACUACCGAUGCCAGUUGGCCAGCGAUUCAAAACGGUAACACCCGAACUGGGACCCGAUCCGGUACCGCUAACCUGUGGCCACUGUGACGCACUGGUACUAACCGAAACUCGUCCGGCGCCCGGUCUGCUGGCCUAUGUGCUGGGCACCUGUAUCUGUAUUCUAGGUUUCUGGUGCGGCUGCUGUCUCAUACCGUGUAUGCUUGAAAUGACACAGGAUGUCGAGCACCGGUGUCCCAAUUGUCGUACCUAUCUGGGCAGAUAUAGACGUAUUGGAUAAUUUUUGUUGUUGUUGUUAGGUGGAGGGGG